AUGAGCAUGGGUGAGGGAUUACUUACAGGAAAAGGAGUUGGACUCCGCCGCGGGGGGGGGGGGGGGGGGGGGGGCCAUGAUCCAAAGGAACCAGAGCAGCUGAGGAAGCUGUUUAUUGGUGGUCUGAGCUUUGAAACCACAGAUGAUAGCUUAAGAGAACAUUUUGAGAAAUGGGGCACACUUACAGACUGUGUGGUAAUGAGAGAUCCCCAAACAAAACGUUCCAGGGGCUUUGGUUUUGUGACCUACUCUUGUGUUGAAGAGGUGGAUGCUGCAAUGUGUGCUCGGCCCCACAAGGUUGAUGGGCGUGUGGUAGAACCAAAGAGAGCUGUUUCUAGAGAGGAUUCUGUAAAGCCUGGUGCCCAUUUAACGGUGAAGAAAAUUUUUGUUGGUGGUAUUAAAGAGGAUACAGAAGAAUAUAAUCUGAGAGACUACUUUGAAAAGUAUGGCAAGAUUGAAACCAUAGAAGUUAUGAAAGACAGGCAGAGUGGGAAAAAGAGAGGAUUUGCUUUUGUAACUUUUGAUGAUCAUGACACAGUUGAUAAAAUUGUUGUUCAGAAAUACCACACUAUUAAUGGGCAUAAUUGUGAAGUGAAAAAGGCCCUUUCUAAACAAGAGAUGCAGUCUGCUGGAUCACAGAGAGGUCGUGGAGGUGGAUCUGGCAACUUCAUGGGUCGUGGAGGAAACUUUGGAGGUGGUAGAGGAAACUUUGGUCGUGGAGGAAACUUUGGUGGAAGAGGAGGCUAUGGUGGUGGAGGUGGUGGCAGCAGAGGUAGUUACGGAGGUGGUGAUGGUGGAUAUAAUGGAUUUGGAGGUGAUGGUGGCAACUAUGGUGGUGGUCCUGGUUACAGUAGUAGAGGAGGUUAUGGAGGUGUUGAACCGGGAUAUGGAAACCAAGGUGGUGGAUAUGGUGGUGGUGGAGGAGGAUAUGAUGCUUACAAUGAAGGAGGAAAUUUUGGUGGAGGUAGCUAUGGUGGUGGGAACUAUAAUGACUUUGGAAAUUAUAGUGGACAGCAGCAAUCAAAUUAUGGACCCAUGAAAGGGGACAGUUUUGGUGGAAGAAGCUCAGGCAGUCCCUAUGGUGGUGGCUAUGGAUCUGGAGGUGGAAGUGGUGGAUAUGGUAGCAGAAGAUUUUAAAGCAAAACAGAAACGGCUACAGUUCUUAGCAGGAGAGAGAGCGAGGAGUUGUCAGGAAAGCUGCAGGUUACUUUGAGACAGUCGUCCCAAAUGCAUUAGAGGAGCUGUAAAAAUCUGCCACAGGAGGAACGAUGAUCCAUAGUCAGAAAAGUUACUGCAGCUUAAACAGGAAACCCUUCUUGUUCAGGACUGUCAUAGCCACAGUUUGCAAAAAGUGCAGCUAUUGAUUAAUGCAAUGUAGUGUCAAUUAGAUGUACAUUCCUGAGGUCUUUUAUCUGUUGUAGCUUUUUCUUUUUCUUUUUCUUUUUCUUUUCAUUACAUCAGGUAUAUUGCCCUGUAAAUUGUGGUAGUGGUACCAGGAAUAAAAAAUUAAGGAAUUUUUAACUUUUCAAUAUUUGUGUAGUUCAGUUUUUCUACAUUUUAGUACAGAAACUUUAACAAAAUGCUGUUUUGAAGGUGUUUCCUUGUGAGUUAACAAGUAAAGAAGAUCAUUGUUAAUCACUAUUUUGUAUGAAUUUUGCUAAAGUUAACUGUAAAGAAACACCUACUGACUUGCAAUUUAAGGGGAAUCUAUUCUUCCCAUUUCCAAAACCAUGAUGAAUGGGCGCUGACAUGUGGAGAGAAUAGAUAUUUGUAUGUUUGCAAUGUGUGUUUUAGAUAAUUAGAAUUGGGUAAUAAAAAAUAGCAUAUUUGUGAAUUUUAAUAGCAUUAAGAUUACCUUCAAAUGAAAAAGAUCUCAAAAGUUGCUGUUUGGUUUUUGUGCAUUUUCUUUCACAAUGUAAUCAUGAUUUUAGUGUAUUAGAUUUAUUGAGUCCUAGCCAUGUUAAGAACAUCUGCAUUCCACACUGACCUUGAUCACAUUGAAACUGCCGCCAAGAGUUUGGGGUAUAAAGUGUUGAUGUUGCCCUCUACUUACCAAGGGUGGUACAUGUAUGCCAUCAACAGUCUUUUACUUUUUAUAUAGAACCACCAAGUCUGCUGUGUCUGAGCAAACUGGUGGCAACUGGUUUGUUUCUGCUUUUAAAUUUUAAGGUCUCAGAGCCCCAUUGGUCUAGUAACUUUUCUUGGUUAAGUUCCCCACACACACAACUUUUCAGAGCAAAGGAAUAAAAGUCACUCGUUUGAA